GCGCUGACCGUCGGUUAGAGUGUACUGCGCAUGCGUGAAACAUUACCAACGAACUAACUUCGAAACUACGUAAAUAAACAAGUGAUACGAUCUGUGCCUAAAAUCUUAAUUCUAUUAUUGUGUGUGUCUAUUUAUAAUUGAAUUAACUAUAUUUAUUUGUACACUAUAAGAUAUUGUUACGGAAAGUGCCAAUUUGUGCUACGAAUUUGCGAAUUAACCAGAAGUUAUGUCCAGAUAAGACUAAAUAAAACAAAAAUGCAUCUACAGACCGUUUUAAUACUAAGCGCUUUUUUCCUGUGUAAUGCAAAACUGCCGCGAUAUAAACAGCACUUAAACGAGCUUUCACAGAAUCUUACACAGAAUUCACAGAGCUUACGACUAUUGCAAACAGAGAGGAAAAAUGAGAGAACGAACCGAAUAGUCGAUCAAUACAGAACGAGGCAUCGGAGAGAAUCGUUCAAUUCGCGCUCAUAUGAGUCUGGUUUGAUAUGGGCGCAUACGGAGAGAUUGGAUGAGAGCGGUGAUGUGAUUUUGCGGUGGGUGAACACAGAUUCGAGUAUUACGUUCAGAUUGGAAGCGAGGACUCGUGGUUACGUUGGCUUAGGAUUUAAUUCUGCGAGGAAUAUGAGAAAGGCGGAUCUGGUUGUCGCCUGGGUGGACGACAGGCAUGGGAACGCACAGAUUUUGGACUGUCAUGGACUUGCGUUUGAAGAUCGAACGGUGGCGGACGAAGUGCAGAACUAUGAGCUGAUAUCGGGCUUCCAGAACGAUACCCACACUACCGUGGAGUUCCGCCGGCAGCUGGACACGUGUGACAAACAGGAUACUGUUAUUGGUGAAGACACAAUCCAAAUUCUUUGGGCUUUAGGGCCUGAAGGUUCGGAUGGAGAACUGCCCAGGCAUGUGCAGAGCGGCUUCCGACCCCUGAGGUUAUUGCAGCCGUUGGCCAAACCUGACUCCAUACCGCUAAAAUAUUGGGACGUCAGGAUUUCCAAUUUCACAAUCCCACAUGUGAUGGCAACAUUAUUCUGGUGUAAAGUCUUCAAGGCGCCUGAACUAACGCGGAAGCAUCACAUCGUUGGCUACGAACCCCUGAUCGACAGCCGGCCAAUCAGAAGUGGGAAACCGGUUAUAGAGAAGAACAGUCUUUCGCCCGUCCACCAUAUGGUGUUAUAUGAGUGCGCUGAAGACCAUGAUAAGAGACAGUGGAACGAGUGGACGGACAGUGAAGGGUUCUUUGGACCUAAUCGACCGGGAGAGUUGGCUACUUGCGUCACCCCCAUUGCAGCUUGGGCUAUGGGGUCAAAAGGUGAAUUCCUGCCUGAAAACGUCGGUAUUCCACUAGGCGAGAAGGGAGGCGUCUCGUACUACAUGCUUGAAGUUCAUUAUGACAAUCAAGAACUACAUCAAUUCUUAGACAACUCCGGUAUCCGCAUACACUACACAUCGUCGGUGCGCGCCCACGACGCCGCACUGUUGGGGGCUGGCGUGGGAGUUUCCGCAUUGCACGUCAUUCCGCCCAAGCAGCUCGCGUACCGCACCGUCGGCAUUUGUAGUCCCGAAUGCACCAAUAACACUAUGCCAGAAGAGGGGAUCAAUAUUGUAUCAGUUCUUCUACACGCCCAUGGACAUGCACGGAAGAUUUCAUUUAAGCACAUUCGAGGCGGUGAGGAGCUUCCAAGAAUAUCUGAGGAAAAUAGUUACGAUGCACGUUAUCAACAAUCCCGGAUCGUUCCUGGCGGAAGGAGGUUCUUAAAAGGCGACAGUUUGAUCACAGAGUGCACAUAUGACAGCAGUUCAAGAGAUAAGCCUAUUCUGGGAGGAUACUCUGCUACACAGGAAAUGUGUCUGUCCUUCGUGUUAUACUACCCACGGACGGAACUCGCCGGCUGCUACUCGAUGACACCAGUGCUCGAAUUCUUCGAAGCAUUUGGCGUUCGGGAGUUCUAUGGACUUAGUAUGAUGGAUGUUGAGAAGAUCUUUAUGUCUUCCGGAAACUUGGAUGGUUUGCCACCGGAACUUGAAGCCAACCUAAGAGAGCACAGCCUCGAAGAAACAAUUGUGCAAGGAGAUGACCAAGGAGUUGGCUUGAUGAAGGGUCUGGUGAUCAAAGAGCCCCCAGAAUUCCGCAACAAGACAUUCAUGGCGCACCUCAACGAAAUGCCGUGGUUCGAACCGCUGUUCACCGAACAGAUCGAGAAAACUUUAUCAAAGGGCGUGCACCUCACGUUUUGCAAGAAAAGGGACGAUAGUUGGGGAGCUCCCAUCCAACUCCAGAUUUACCCCAACUUCACCGAGAUAACGCACAACGCAGCUUCAGAGAAGUCAUGUAACUAUAAAAGCGUUAGGUUACCUUCAAUGACGACCACUGGCAGCUCAGCAUCAACGAACACGCUUACGUCCGCCAUCUUGGCUGCAUGCCUAUAUAUCAUCGUCGCGCGGUAAAAAAAAAAAAAAAGAGGAACCAUAACCAAUGAUACUGUUGUUUUUAUUUUGAAAUUUUUAUUAUUGCAAGAGGUUAUUCUGUUAUUAUGAAUUUUUCAUGAAAACUUUUUGUGUGAUCAAUAAACUUAUUAGGAUGUAUAUUUUGCCGAAUUGUGUCCCGAUGUAAAUUCGAUGUAAAUGCCUGUACGAUUCGACAAAAUGAAUUAAUUCUCUUUCGUUAUUGAGGAAGUUAUUUGUAAGUAACUAUGCAACUUUUGGUUUGUUAUUUUACGUAAUGUUUUGUCUUUCAAGAAAACCAAUAGUUUUUGGUACGAUUUUUAUAACGAUAUUACGUAUGAGAGCGAAGGUGGGUUCUCACAGACUUGUUUGGAUGCUAUAAAACAAUUUCGUCUUUACUAACAACUUUAGCUUGAUUUCUGUAAUAGAGAUAGAUUGUUAAUAAUGACUAAAACAUUCCUAUAUACAAAGGAAUACAAGAAAACACUGUCUAACUAAUGACCUAUUCUAUACUCGUAAAGCGCAGUCAAGGGUCUCAAAGCUGACUAUUUUUCUUUAUCUCUUCAUAUAUAUAUAUAAAAUUUAAACCAAUAUCAUACUGAAUUCAAUGAUAUUCUACCGACUUUUUGGAGAUUAAGUGCAGGUUUUUUAAUUUAAAAUACCGUUUGAU